GUUAUUUUAUUAUACGUUAUAGUGCUUUAACUGAAUGACAUAUCAAGCUGAAUAAUCAAAGCGCUGUGUUUAUUUUCUGCAUUUGCUUUCUGCAAUGUUCUGUUUUUAUUUCUGAAUUUGAAGAGAAAAUUUGAAUUUGAAGUUAGAAAACCAUGCAAAAUAUUUCAUUUACCCAGUUUAAUCUGAACGGCUUCUAUGUUUUGGGAGAAUGGAGGCCUUUCCUUUUCAUUCCCUAUUUGCUGAUGUUUAUAUUGGCUAUUGUAGCAAAUUCUGUGCUGUUAUAUGUAAUAAUAGCAAAUAGGGCUUUACACUCACCAAUGUUUGUACUAAUUGGACUCAUGGCAGUUGUAGACUUGAGUGCACCCUUUAUAUUUGUACCUCAGAUGCUGCUUAGCUUCUUAUUUGACUGGAAGGGAAUUUCUCUACCAGGCUGUUUAAUACAAAUGUUUUGCCUCCAUUAUUCUGAAUCGUGUCAGUCCACGCUGUUGUUAUGUAUGGCACUGGAUCGUUACUUUGCGAUAUGCAAACCGUUGUUUUAUCACGAGCACAUGCAAAUCACCAAUAUUAUAAAGUUCAUUAUAGUGCCGUUCAUCAGAAAUGCAAUCUUAAUCACCACAAUAGUCUCUUUAGCCGCAAGACUGACCUACUGUUCGAAUGUGAUAGAUCAUUGUUUUUGUGAGCAUAUGGCCCUGGUUCACUUGGCAUGUGGUGACACUUCUAUUAACAGCAUGGUUGGACUUUUGACUGCGUUUUUAAUACUGAUUGUAGACUUUUUUUUCAUUGCUGUGUCUUAUGUAAUCAUAUUCACCUCUGUUCUAAAAUCUGGUUCCACUCAUUUUAAGGCUUUGAAUACUUGUAUUACUCAUAUAAUUGUCAUUGUGUUCACUAUAACCUUUGCUUUAAUUGCUUUUUUGUUAUACAGAAUAAGAAAUAAUUUCUCUCCGAGCAGCCGUGUCUUCCUGAGCACAAUGUAUGUGCUGUUUCCAAGCUGCUGCAAUCCUAUCAUUUAUGGGCUGAGAACAAAAGAAAUAAGACACCACUUUCUGAAAUUAUUUAAAAAGAUAAAUAUCAGACCCUUGUAACCUGUCAUUGAUCGUAGCACUUGUCUGGACUUGGUAUAUGUUAUAUUAAUAACAACAUUUUAAAAAUAGAUUAUUUGAGCAAUAACUAUGAAGCUGCAAUGUAAUUUUAAAAUGUAACUAUAAUAAAUAUCUGUUUCUGAAUACCUUCUGUAUAUGUAUACUUAGAACUUGUAUAUGUAUAUUCUAUGGAUUUCUGGGCUGUUUUACUGAAAGCCUGAUUAAAAUUGCACUUAAAUGUA